UACCAGACACAGAUGGCUUUUCGAUGAACCGCGCGAGCUCUCUAAGCGAUAUCUGAAAUUCAACCUGCGGCAGCUCCUUGACGUGGCCGUGAAUGUCAGCAAUGGCGCUCGAUACUGCACAAAGGUUGUCAAAUGCUUAGAGGGCCUCCAUAACAAGGCAUUUCUACUAACGAUGGAUAAUGGAGUUGAAGUCGUUGCCAAGCUCCCGAACCCUAACGCCGGACCUGCCCGAUACAUCACCACCUCAGAGGUAGCCACACGCCCGCUAUUACGUGAUCACUUCAACAUACCAACUCCCCGGAUCCUCGCCUGGUCUUGCGAUGUAGCUAACUCUCCUGUUGAGGCAGAGUAUAUCCUCGAGGAGAAGACCGCUGGUGUGCGAUUGGGUUCUCUCUGGAAUCAAUGGCCACGUGAGACGAAGCUCAAGUUGGUUGAGCAAGUCGUUGAUAUGGAGAAUAAGCUGACUAGCACGACCUUCUCUAAACACGGUUGUAUCUAUUUGAAGGAGGAUCACCGUUCACUAACUGGACAGGCGGAAGACCUGAACGAUGACUCAAGUGCCGACGAAGUGCUAAAGCGCUUUACAAUAGGUCCCCUCACUUCGCCCGAGCUAUGGACUGGAACUAGAAGUGACAUGGAAUUAGACCGUGGCCCGUGGAAUAAUCCAUCUGAGUACACACAAGCAUUGGGCCGCAACGAGAUCUCAUGGGUGAAAGCGCAUGCACGCCCGCGGAUGAAUUACUAUCGAUCUGCAUCGGAUCCUGAGCUCCCGGAGGACGGCCUUCACCUCCUCAGACAGUACAUGAAAGUCGCUCCGUUCCUGGUCCCUUCUUCCAACGAUGAGGCCGCCAGCUCGAACGUCCUCUGGCACCCCGAUCUUCAUCUGGACAAUGUGUUCGUUGACCCGCUCACACACACCAUCACCGAUAUCAUUGACUGGCAGUCCGCAUGCGUGGCUCCUCUGUUUUACCAGUCUCACGUCCCGAGGAUGUUCCGACACCCCGGGCCUGUCCAAGAAGGCUGGGCUGUCCCCGAACGCCCUGACAACUUUGAUACUCUCAGUGCGGAGGACCAGGAGAACAUCACCAAUGACCAUGAGAGCCAGAUCAUCCACAAAUACUACGAGGCGCUGGUUUACAAGCGCGCCCCGCGGCACUGGGCUGUCCUUGAGCAGAAAACGAUUCCGAUCGUCCGAAAACCUGCUUGGCUGGUGACUGGAGUGUGGGAGAAUCGCGACCUUUUCUUUUUGCGCCAGUCACUCCUUUCGCUGGUCAACCUCUGGGAGGAUCUUUUCCAGUUACCCUGUCCGAUAGCAUUCACACAAAAAGAGAUUGAGCUUCAUGCGGAGGAGGAAACUAAUAUAGACAGCAUUGGACAGGUGCUUACCUUGUUCCGGGAUCAAGGGGUGCUUCCCGUCGAUGGCAUGGUCGACCCCAAGGAUUAUGGUGUCGCUGUGGAGAAUAGUCGCAAGAUCAAGCAAGUCUUUCUGGGAACUGCUGAAAACGACAAGGAGAGGGAGUUGUACUCCAAGCUUUGGCCUUAUCAAGACACCGAAGACUCAGUGGUCUAAUGCUUAGCAGGGAUGGAGGGAUGAUCUCAAAGCUGUAGGAUAUUAGCGACAGAAUAAGGCUAGGAAGUACGGCUCCUUCCGUCUUAAAUUGGGUUGUUCUUCAGCAGUUCUUACGUAUAUAACUGGACAAUCGGUCAGUGACCGUUGAC